AUGAAUAUACAAAAAUUACUGACACAAGUUGUGUACAAAGUCAGUCAGCUAGAAAAAGAGAAUGUAGUGUUAGCAGCUAGAAUAGAAAACAGCCAGCCAAAGUAUACACGCACGGAUUCUAGUCGAAGCCUAUCGAACGUGCAAGGAAAACAAGAGACUAGUAGAUCUGAAAUAGUACAACCAAGAAGUUAUGCCAGUAUUGUAGGUGGAAAGACAGCAAGUACAACCAAAGAAUCAAUAAGCAUAGUGGAAGAACCAUGGACGACUCCACUAGAAAAUCGGAAACUUGAGUCAAUCAUAAGAGUGGAAAAAACAUAA